AUGCCCCCUCCCGACUGGACCAAACUCGACGACGUAGUCGUCGUAGAGAUAGCACGGCACCUCACUCGCGAGUGCAUCUACCCGACGGAUGCGAUGGACGGUACACUGCUCGACCACGCUCGCGUCGCACGCAGCAACGUCAACUCGGCUGGCAGCAUUCUGGCGACUUGCAAGGCGUGGCAGAAGGCGCUCGACACCGACGCCGAGAUAUGGGCCUCAGCGCACCGCUCGCUGCGUCGCGCCGCGCUGUACGAGCACGGAUGGAGCAUGCUCGUCGCCGCCAUGCACUCGGCCCGGGAGACUUGGAAGACGAGGACGAGGUUCCUGGCCGACGAGGCGUACGAGAAGGGCGUCCAGGCGGGCUACUGCAUGGCCAAGGAAACGCCGCUCCUCCCUCUCUCCGUCAACCUGGCCGCCGCGAUGGACACGUCGAACCAAGGACGAGUUCGGGCGACUUGGUAG